AUCGAUUCAUAAGAAAAUAAGUUCCCCCCAUUCCUUUUCUCUCGCAUGGCGAUGUCGAGAAAAAAGGACCCAUUCUCGAGAAGCCCACCUGUCUCGAAUAAAGGACCUACCAAAGCUCAACUUCUCCAGCCGGUCGUUGGCAGCCAGCGGCUAGAAGCAGAGAGACACGAUGAUAGAUAUCAGAAUAUAUGAUCCAUUAGACCCACCUUGGCAAUAUUUACACUUAACGCAGCCGUCAUAAAGGGGAGACCCUCCAGCUGUGAGAUCCUUGUUGCACGACACACAAAUGGCGAUGGGCUGAACCAGGACACGGAAAAUGAAGCGCGUAUAUAAAACCGGUCAUAUCGAUAUUUCAUCGAUAAGUCUCCAGCCAACAACAAAAUGUAAAUAUAAAUUUUACAAAUGUAAACAACAAAAAUGGCUAACAAUCGUGUACGUAUUGUUAUUGUUGGCGAUUCAGGGGUGGGAAAGACCUGCCUGACCCAUCUGAUUGCCCACAAUGAGUCGUUGACACGCCCAGGCUGGACGGUGGGCUGCAACAUCCAAGUGAAGAUCCAUCAGUUCAAGGAGGGCACAGCCCGGCAGAGCCAGUAUUUCGUGGAGCUCUUCGAUAUUGGCGGUUCGCUGAGCCACAAGAAUACACGCGGCGUCUUCUAUUCUGGCGUGCAUGGCAUUAUCUUGGUUCAUGAUCUGACGAAUGGCAAGUCGCAAGAGCAGCUGCUCGACUGGCUGCACGAGAUACUCAACAAGGAGGGCAAGGAUACGUACAAGUCGCGUGGCAGUUCAAUGCCGCCAUCACCGUUGGCCAAUUAUUCCACAGACUCUUCCUUCCACGUCCGUUUCGACUUGGAGGAGUUCCUGGGCGCCACACAAACACCCAUUCUGGUGAUGGGUACCAAGCUCGAUCUCAUCGAUGAGAAGCGUCAACCCAAGACGGCUCUGAAAAAAGCUGGUGGCAUAGCUGACAAAUGUGGAGCCGAAGAGAUCUGGCUGAACUGCAGAGAUACGCGAAGUCUGGCGGCCGGCACCACAGAUGCCGUAAAGCUAUCACGCUUCUUUGACUGUGUCAUCGAGAAGCGUGAAUCCAUUGGCUGCUCUGGGUCACAUUAUUAUGGAUCUGGAUCGGGAUCUGGACCAGCAGGGGCAGACAGACGUCGGCCCCCCAGCACGGCCACGCAAGCGGCAGAGUAUUCCCUGUAUGGCGGCUCCUCCAUCGAUGCGGCCAGCGUUAUGCCGUUCCUCGAGACCAAUGACCUCAAGUGACUGACUGACAGGCGUCCGGUAUGUCUUAUGCUUAGCUUUUAGACAAAAUGGAAUGUGAUUAAUUAAAUGUUAUAUUGUACACACAACACACUUUACUUUUCAAUUAAAAAAUGCAUGAAUUAUCCAACGAGACAAGCGGUGAAAAACA